AAGUGAAGCGGAAGCCAUUGCUCCCGGGAGGCGAUUGCGGUUAUACACAUGGGCAGGGGAGGGGUGCGGCUUCCUCCGGAGUGUUGGGGACCCUCCGCUUCCCCGCCGCAGACCGGACCUGCUGUAUGAAUUUGGUGUCCCUUCAGCGCCAGCUUCCGUGACCUCCAUUGCACCUGAUUCUACCCUCAGCCUUAUGCCUGCUCCAAGAGUCCUGUGACAGCUUCCUGCCACCAGUGCCCUGUUGUUCAGGCAAAUCGACUUCAUUCUCACGGGAUGGCAGCUCUUGGUCUGUCUCCCACACGUGCUGUGUCCACUCAGGACCCUGCCUAUAUCCAGGAGUCAGAAGUUUCUCCUUCUUCAAAAGACCAUUCCUCUUCUCAGGAUGUGGACCUGUUUGCUUGCAGUGGCCUAGAACCCCCUAUGCUAGCAGGUGUUGGUUCUCAGGAGUCAGUGACUUUCCAGGAUGUUGCUGUGGACUUCACUGAGAAGGAGUGGCCCUUGCUGGAUUCUUCUCAGAGAAAACUGUACAAAGAUGUGAUGUUGGAGAACUACAGCAACCUCGCCUCAGUGGGGUAUCAGGUGGGCAAACCCAGCCUCAUCUCCCACUUGGAGCAAGAAGAGGAGCUGAGGACAGAGGAGAGGGCACUUCACCGAGCCACAUCUCCCGAUUGGGAGACUCCGUCUAAAAGCAAGUGGUCCGUUCUCAUGGAAGGCAUUUUUGGGAAGGAAGCAUCCAGCGGUGUGGCAGUGGAAAGAACACAUCUCGGAGAGAAACCCACCGAGUACACGCGCCUGUUUGAAGCCUUCAGCAUGGGCACUCAUCUUACUCAGCAGAUGGGAAGGCACGCUGGCAAGAGGCCCUGUCGCCGCCGGGACUGUGGGGCAGCUUUCAAGAACAGGUCGCAUCUCGCCCAACAUGUGAGCAUUUACAAUGGGAGGAAAAUGCAUGAAUGUCACCAGUGCCAAAAAGCCUUCACCACGAGCGCGUCCCUUACGCGGCACAGGAGAAUUCACACAGGGGAGAAGCCCUACGAGUGCAGUGCCUGCGGGAAAGCCUUCAACGACCCCUCUGCCCUCAGGAGUCACGCGAGAACUCACCUCACAGAGAAGCCCUUUGACUGCAGUCAGUGUGGAAACGCCUUCCGAACCCUCUCCUCGCUGAAGAUACACACGAGAGUUCACACUGGGGAGAGACCUUACAAGUGUGACGAGUGUGGGAAGGCGUACGGCAGGAGCUGCCACCUCAUUGCACACAAACGGACACACACUGGAGAGAGACCCUACGCUUGCCACGACUGUGGGAAAGCAUUCCAGCAUCCCUCGCAUCUCAAAGAGCAUGUCCGCAAUCACACCGGAGAGAAACCCUAUGAAUGCACGCAGUGUGGAAAAGCCUUCCGAUGGAAGUCGAACUUCAACUUGCACAAGAAGAACCACAUGGUAGAGAAAACAUACGAAUGUAAGGAAUGUGGGAAAUCCUUUGGUGAUCUCUUGUCACGGAGAAAACACAUGAGAAUUCAUAUUGUAAAGAAACCCAUUGAGUGUAGACAGUGUGGGAAAGCGUUCCGGAACCAAUCCAUCCUUAAGACACACAUGAAUUCUCACACCGGAGAGAAACCCUAUGGGUGUGAUCUGUGUGGGAAAGCCUUCAGUGCGAGCUCAAACCUGACCACACACAGGAAAAUCCACACUCAAGAGAGACGCUAUGAAUGUGCCGCCUGUGGGAAAGUGUUUGGGGACUAUUUAUCCCGGAGGAGGCACAUGAGCAUUCAUCUGGUAAAGAAACGUGUUGAAUGUAGGCAGUGUGGGAAAGCCUUCAGAAACCAGUCGACCCUCAAGACACACAUGAGAAGUCACACAGGAGAGAAGCCGUACGAGUGUGAUCAUUGCGGGAAAGCCUUCAGCAUCGGCUCCAACCUUAAUGUGCACAGGAGGAUACACACUGGGGAGAAGCCCUACGAAUGCCUGGCCUGUGGGAAAGCCUUCAGUGACCACUCAUCCCUUCGGAGUCACGUGAAAACUCACCGGGGAGAGAAGCUCUUCGUGUCAUCCGUGUGGAAGAGGCUCCAGUGAUGGGUCUUCUUUAGGGGACACACGCGAGCUCAGACUGGGAGGCAGCCUCGUUGGCGUAAGGAAGGCAGGAGCACUUUGAUGAACUCACCUGGGCACAAAAGAGUACCUGUAACAGGAGAAAUCCAGUUUGUGUCCUGGCUGGGGAAGACCUGUUUCUUCUCAUCACUAUGGGGUUUUGUGAGAACUCAUGCUGGGGGCAAAAAUGUACCUGUGGUGUGCAGAAGCCAUCAGAGUACAUUCGGCUCUUUAAAGAAAAUGAGAAAUCUAGGGAGAGAAACCGUAGCUUGGUAUUUAAUAUCAAAAUGACUUUAGCACCACCCGGCACCUUCUGGGCUUACGAGUAAGCACACUAGGGAGAGUCUCUGUAAAUUCACUCUCUGGGCAAACCUUUACUGGUCUCACCCUGUAUUCUUCAUGAAAGAAAUCAUACUAAAGAGAUAAAUUCUGUAAAGUAGGAAUGUGGGAAGGUCUGUAACAGAGGUCAGCAAAGUGGCCAACUGUCUGUUUUUGUAUGGCUUGCAAGCUAAGAACAGUUGUUCCGUUUUUAAAGAAGAAAAAUGUGUGACAGACACCACAUGCAACUCACAAAGCCUAAAAUCCUUACUUUCUGGUCCUUUACAGAAAAACUUGGCCAACCCUUGGUCUACAGCAGCAGUUCCUAACUGGGAGUGAUUUUGCUUGUCCGGAGACAUUUUAAGUUGUUAAAGCUCAGGGUGGGGGGAGAUGCUUCUGGCACAUGACGACGCAUAGGAGCCCCCACAGCAAAGAAUUAUGUGGCCCAAAAUGUGGGUAUUGCUGAGGUUGAGAAACUUAGCCUGGGACAGCCCCUCAGUUUUUGUGAAAUGUUACUCAUGCUAGGAGAGUUUUCUAUUUAAAACUUCAAAAAUAUAAUCAAGUGUAAUUCUUUCAGGAAACGUGAGAACCCACACUGCAGACAGUCCCCACAUUGAGAUGAUUUUAGCCACAGCCCCCUCACUUGUGCUUAUGAGAAUUCAUACCCUGAUGGAAUUUUCUAGUGGAUAGGAAAUUUAUCAGUCUUUCAUCAUGAGAACAGACCCUAACUCGUUAAUUCGUAGUCUCUGUUUUUAAGAUUUUGCUCCUUUAACGCUUAGGCUUCAUCACACAAGGUUUGUAUAUAGUAUUUUUAUUAUAAUUUCAUUCCUGAUACGUGUUAAUUUCCUUCUGGAUAACUUACUUGACCAGUGGACUGUUUAGAAUUGUGUUAAAUACCAUGUAACGUGGGUAUAUUUAAUACCUGUUUGUUACGAGUGUCUAAUUCAAAUGCAUUGGCUCAGCGCACAGUGUCUUCCAUUUAGAUGGAUCCUCUGGAAUGUUCUCGGGCUCCUGUCCAGCCAAGAGUGACAUACACAUCUCAUUGCUCUCCCAGUGUCUCCUCUUUCAUGUCAGGAAAAUCCAGCUUUUGUCCAAUUACUAACGUGUGCUAUUUUUAAAAAUCUCACCAGUUUUCUGCAGCCAGUACAGUCCUUGUCUCAGCCUGGUCGUUGACCGAUAAACAGAUGAGAAAGAGCUAGAAAAGGGAUUAUUCUUACCUGGGUUCUUCUACGUGUUUUGUUUUUGCUGUUUGCUCUACUUCUCACCUUGCAAGGAGAUCAAGUACCCAGUGUUAAAAGAUCCAUCAUGGGCGCCUGGGUGGCUCAGUUGGUUAAGCAACUGCCUUCGGCUCAGGUCAUGAUCCUGGAGUCCCGGGAUCGAGUCCCACAUCGGGCUCCCUGCUCGGCAGGGAGUCUGCUUCUCCCUCUGACCCUCCCCCCUCUCAUGUGCUCUCUUUCAUUCUCUCUCUCUCAAAUAAAUAAAUAAAAUCUUUUAAAAAAAUAAAUAAAUAAAUAAAAGAUCCAUCAUGUGACCAUGAGGAUGCAAGCCACAGGCUAAAGAGGAUCCUGCAGAAAAGUCGCAAUGAUCCUGGCCUCCCCAGUAGCUUCUUUGUCUACACUAGCCAUGGAUUUGUUAUUUCCAGACUUCUAUUACAGGAGGAAAAAAAUAAAACAUUAUUGGCGUAAGUGGCUUUGGAUAUUUCAUUGUUGAUCAGUUUAAUAAUUUUUUGUUUGGGGGAGGGUUCUGCUGCUCCCAAGUGGUUGCCGUCUGUAAUACAUACACUCGUUCAUUAGUAAGGUUUUAUAACUGCCUUGUGUGUGGAUAUAAUCUGCUUAUACUUGUAACCGUUGGAUAUGGGUUUUUUUACAUCUUUAAGCCAUGUUUUAAAAUUGUACUUCAAGUCUUUGACAUAAGUAUUUAUUUUCUUGACUUGAAGUAAGUGUAUCAGUUUUUACAAAAGCCCUAAGAAGCAAGUACCAUCACUAUCUCCCUUUUGCGUAUGGAGAAUCAGAGGCAAGCAAGUUUAGGUUGCUUGUCUGAGGUCAGCCCACAAGCCAGUAGUAGUGCUUGUAUUUUAGUCCCACUUCUCUUCUGUCUAUGCCCUACAUCUGUAGCAGUGAAUUGGGAUUUUUGCCCUCAUGGUGCUUACAUUCUGCUUAGGGUAAGGCACCUGAAAAACAAAUGAGUAAAUAAAUAUGUUGUAUAUCAAAUGGCGGUACACACAGUGGAGGAAAAAUUAAGCAUGGUGCUGGUGAGAGGGUAUGCAGGAGUUAAGCAGACCUGUUGGGUGGGCUGGGAAAGCCUGCCUUUAAGGGAGCAUUUGAGCAGAAAUGUCCAUGAACUCUGAGUGCGCCAUAUGUAUUCUGGGGAAGAGCACCCUUGGCAGUUCAGAGGCCGUGAAAAAGAAAACUUCAUGGGACCGCCAUGCAGUAGCCAAGGGGCCAGUGUGGCCGGAGUGGAGCAAGCUUGGGAGUCACAGAAGAUGAGGCUAGAGCUGGGUCAGGAUCCUGAUCUUGUGGGUUUACUGGAAGGACUUUGCCGUUUAUCCUCCAUGCAGUAGGAGGUCGGUGGAGGGUUUUGAACAGAGGGGUGGCAACUGUCCGAUUUCUGUUUGAAUCACUGGCUUCCAGGUUGACCGGCUAAGGAAGGACAAUGGACAAACAAGCCUGUUAGGAAGUCGUUGCAGAAUUACAGUUAGAUACACUGGGGGCCAGAUUGGGGAGGUUUGAGAAGCACAUGGAUGAAUGUAGCUGUAAUUCUCACUUCCAGACAGCGGUCAUUUGUUCCCUGCAGUGUACCUUUCAUAUCGCCAGACAUGACUUCGAGUUAGUUGUUUCCGUUUUCCCCAGUUACAAACACUUCUACUUAAAGAGAUGGUGUGCAUACUUUCUAGAGUGUCCGUGAGUUAUUCCAGGUGUAAGGUCUGUGCACGUUCAGCUUAACAGUAUUGAUGUCAAAAUAAUUUCUGCAGUGAUUGUGUGUGUUACCAUUUAAAACAGGUUUGACUGAAACAUAAACCUGCUUAAUUCACACAUGUACAGCUUAAUUCUUUGAACAAAUCCAUGUAAUCAGCAAGCAAGAAGAAAUCCUACCAGCAUAGCUGACAUCCCUUCUUUGCCACAUGCCCACGACGAAUCCUGCCCUACUCUGCAUGGGUAACCAGAAUUCUGACUGACCACAUGGCUUGGGUUUUUGGUUUUUUGGUUUUUUUGUCUUUGAACUCUAUACAGAACCAUACAGUAUGUGUUCUUUUGUGUCUGUCUGACUUUACACAUUAUUUCUGUGAAAUUGAUCCUUAUUAUUUAGAGUAUCUCUAGCUAGUACAUUUUUGUGUGUGUUCUGUCUGAAUAUUCCACAAUUAUUUAAGUAGUUUGUGUCACUUGACAUUUCACUUUUCAUGUGGGGGCUAUUGUGAAUAAUGCUGCUAUGGACAUAACUUUAACAUUUCUGAUAGUGCACAAGUGCAUGUAUUUUUCUUGGGUGUAUACCCUGGACUGAAAUUGCUGGGUCGUAACGGGGUGCAUAUGUUCAUUUUGUAGAUGAUGCCAAAUUUCCAAAGUGGUUGUGCAAAUUUGUUUCCCAACAAGCUAUUUUAUAGAGUUGGAAAAGAUACUAAAGUUGCCUGCCUUUUUCUUACUGUGAUUUACAUAUUCCAUUAUGAGCCCUCUGGAUGGAUGUUUUGCAUGUUUUCUCCCACUCUGUGGCUUGUCUCCAGUGUUUUAAAUGGUGUUUUUGGUUGAAAUGAGUUCCUAAUUUUAAUUUUAUGGACAGCAUUCUUCUGUUCCUGUGUAAGGAAUAUUUGCCACCCACUAUUUUUUUUUUUUAAGAUUUAUUUAUUUAUUUAUUUGACAGGGAGAGAGACAGUGAGAGAGGGAACACAAGCAGGGGGAGUGGGAGAGGGAAAGGCAGGCUUCCCGCUGAGCAGAGGACCCUGGGAUCAUGACCUGAGCCGAAGGCAGACGCUUAACGACUGAGUCACCCAGGCGCCCCAGAAGUAUUUGCCACCCAGAAGGCAAGACAUUCUAUGAUUUCUUCUACAAGCUGGUUUUGGUUUUGGUUUUGGUUUUUGGUUUUAGUAUGUACCUGUAGAUCUAUAUUUAGAUCUACAGUCCAUGUGAAACUGAUUUUUGUAGGUAUUGUGUGAGCUAUUAAUCUUACUUUAUUUUUUCCAUGUUGACCCAGCAUUAUUUAUACAAAAAGCACAUCUUGGCCCUAGGAAUUUGAGAGAUCACCUUUGUCAUAUAUUGAAUUCCAUAUGUAUUUGGUCUAAUUCUGAGCUUUUUAUUCUACUGAUUUGUUCAUGUACCAUACCACAGUAUUUAAAUUAUAAGCAGCUUUAUAAUAAGCUUUAAUGUCUGGAAUGUCUAGUUCCUUCUCAUGGUUAUUCUUUUUCAGUGUCUUCCUAGGUAUUCUUGCUUCGUUUUUCUUUUUUUUUUUUAAGAUUUUUUUUUAAGUAACCUCUACCCAACGUGGGGCUCAAAUUUACAACCCGAAGAUCAAGA